AUGGCGGAGAUGGGUAGUGCAGUGGCUGGCAAAGUGGUGGACUCAUUGUUUGAUGUGGCCAAAAAGGAGAUUGGAUACAUGUGGAACUGCGAAGAAAAUGUAGAAAAGUUCAAACAUGAAGCUGACAAACUCAAAGUUAUGAGGGGGGGUGUUCUAGAACUCAUAGAUAUUUCCAUCCGUAAGGGAGAUUUGCUCAAGUAUGGAGUGGAAGACUGGGUGAAGGAAGCUGACACUGUGAUAUCCAAGGCAAACGAAUUUCUUCAACAAGAAGCUGAUUCCAAGAAGACGUGCUGCAAAAUAGGUUUGUGUGGUAACUGGAAAACUCUUCAUCGUUACAGUAAGAGUGCAACGAAGAUGGUUCCCUCUAUACUGCACCUCCAAGAACGUGGCAACACUUUUGAAAGUUGCGUCUCUGUUGAAACUCCUGCCCCCGGACCACUAGAUGUUUAUCAAGACAAACAUCUAGAUGAUCUUCAUACCCACAAUUCAGCUUUGGAGGAUAUCAUUAAGUCUCUUGAAGAUGACAGCAUACAAAUCAUUGGAAUCUAUGGGUUGGGUGGUGUUGGAAAAACCACGCUUGCUAUGGAAGUUGCUGCAAGAGUAAAAAAGACUAAUUUGUUUGCUGGUGUUGCAUUUACAACCGUCUCACAAAAGGUAGAUGUUGGAAAGAUUCAAAAAGAUAUUAGAGAAGCAACAAAGCGAAUAAUGAAAAGGGACAAGAUUCUAAUCAUAUUAGAUGAUGUCUGGGAGAAACUAAAUUUAGAGGAAUUGUGUAUUCCAUGUGGGGGCAAUUAUAUGAAUUGUAAAAUUUUGUUGACAUCUAGAAGUGAAAAAGUAUGCCAAAAAAUGAAUGCUCAAAGUAAAAUUUGUGUAAACUUGUUACCAACCGAAGAAGCAUGGAUUUUUUUCAAAUAUGUGAUUGGUGAAAGAUUGGAGACAGAUGCCAAUUUGAGACCAGUUGCGUUGAAGGUUGUUGAAGGAUGUGGUGGAUUGCCAUUGCUUAUUCAAGCGGUAGGAAAUGCUUUGAAAGAUGAAAGCAUUGAAUCAUGGAAUUGGGCUCUUACCCAACUGCAAAAACAUGCACCAUCGAAUAUCGAUGAGGAGAUACGGAAGUCAUUUACUCAUUUGAAGCUAAGUUAUGACUAUCUUAAAAGUGAAGAUGCCAAGUUGUGCUUUCUGCUUUGUAGCAUGUUCCCUGAAGACUGUGAUAUUGUAUUGGAAGAUUUAGUAUUUUAUGGGGUGGGUUUAGACGGGUUUGAUGACCUGGAUAGCAUAGCGGAUGCAAGAGGCAGGGUUCAAAAUGCGGUGACUAUCCUCAAAUCUUCUGGCUUGUUAUUGAAUAGCGAAUGGGAAAUAUGGGCAAGCAGUACCAAAAUGCAUGAUGUUGUUCGUGAUGUGGCAUUGUUAAUUGUAUCCGAAGACAAUGACAAAUUUCUUGUGAAAGCUGGGCAAAGUUUAACCCAAUGGCUACCAAGAGACACCGACUUAGAAAGCUACAAAGGAAUUUCACUUAUGUGUAAUGAGAUAAGCAAGCUUCCUGAUUAUAAGGUAAACGUACCACUUCUUGAGAUUUUCCUUGUAAAUAACAAUUGGGGUAUGUCAAUAUCCGAUAAAUUCAUUAGGUGCAUGAAAAAAGUAAAGGUUUUUAAUAUCUCGGUGACUAAUAUCUCAUCCUUGCCACAAUCAUUCCAAGUCCUCACAAAACUUAGAAUGCUCAAUCUUUCAAGAAAUGAAUCUCUUCGUGAAAUUUCAGUACUUGGGGAGUUAAAAGACCUUGAGAUUUUAAUUCUAAAUGGAAUUGGAAUCACUGAAAUUCCUAAUGAGAUUGCCCAAUUAGUAAACCUAAGGGUGCUUCAAGUUAAUGAUUGUUCGGAUCUUUCGCGCAUAACAGUAGGUGUUAUAUCAGCACUAUCAAGAUUGGAAGAGCUAUGCGUCGACCUUAGGUGGUUGAGUCAAGGAGUUACUCGUUGUAUUGCUGAGAUUAUGAAGUUGUCGAAGCUCACAUAUUUGGAUCUAGAGGUGAAAAGUUUUGACCUUAUUCCUAAAGGUUUUGAUUCAGAAAAUCUCAAAGCAUUUUUGAUUCAAAUUGGAGAUGGCCAUAAUUUAAAUGGGUUCAGUAGGUCAGAUCGUAAUCUAGUUAUUUCAACUAAAUAUCUUGUGAUACCAGUAUUGAAGUGGCUAAAGAAACUGGUCGAGGUAAGUCGUCCUAUUACAUUUCUAUUUGAGAUUGAAAACUUGAAUAAUAUCAUGCCUGACCUUUAUCACAUAGGUUUCAACAAAUUAGAGCAUAUUCAAUUAGUUGGUUGUCCUAAUAUGUCAUGCUUAGUGGAUGAUGGUACAAGGUGUAAUGGGGAUAAUGAGAAAAUAGAGGAAAAGUUUUUCAAGGAACUAAAACACUUGUAUAUGUCUUGUCUAGAUGAUUUGGAGGUUCUAUGGAAAUGCCAAGAUAAAUAUAUAAGUCUUACUAACUUGGUCACUCUUCAUAUCAAAUAUUGUGAUAAGUUAGAAAGAGUAUUCACAGUGAGUAUAGCACAAGGCCUUGUCAAUCUCAAAGAACUGGAUAUUCAAUUUUGUAAAGGUUUAGAGGAAGUGAUUUGGGGUGGGGGUAGAGGAGGUAGAGCUGAUGAAUCAGAAAAUGCUAUUGUGUUCCCUUCCCUAGAGAUGAUCUAUUUGGGUGGAUUAACAAGUCUUGUAAGCUUCUUCAAGUCAACAGUUGGGAAUGAUAAUUGUAACAUCAUCAAAUAUCCAUCCUUGGUGGAAGUUGAAAUCGAUGAUUGUGAAAGCAUGAAGAUAUGGGGACCUGGAAUCCAUGAAACACCCAACCUCAAAACGUUGGUUGUAGAUGGUGAUGUGACAGAAGUAGUCGAUGGACCUUGUUCCAUAAAUGAAGCUGUGGAAAAGUCAUGUCAAAAGUGGCAGGUAAUUACUCUGUAA